UGUGACAUCACUUUUGAUGGGCAUGUGGAAGUGCAGAGAUAUAGAUAUCUGUAUUUUGUGAUCAUUUAUGUUCUGAUCAUCUGCAGUAAUUCCACUAUUGUGUGCAUCAUUGUUGUUCCAGGGUUCCCUCAUGAGCCUAUGUACAUGUUCAUUGCAGCUUUGUUGAUUGACUCUGUUCUUUAUAGCACCAAUAUUUACCCCAGGCUUCUGAUUGACUUCUUAUCAGAGAAACAGAUCAUAUGUUAUCGAGCCCGUCUGUUUCAAAAUGUGAUGAAUAUGACUUUGACCUUUUCAGAGUGUUCACUGCUGGCAGCCAUGGCCUGCGACAGAUACGUGUCUCUCUGUAAACCUCUGCAUUAUUCAACCAUCGUGAGGAAAAGAACUGUCGAUGUCUGUCUGGUUUUGUCUUGGCUUCUGCCGACUUGUGAGACUGCAUUGGGAUGCAUUCUUUAUUCUAAUAGCAAACUCUGCAGUUUUACUAUUAGGGGGAUUUUUUGUAACAAUUCAAUUUACAAUCUUCAGCGUGUGAGCUCGAGCGCUCUCUCUGUAUAUGGAGUGCUCAUGUUGGUAAAUGUGUCCCUUCUGCCUCUUAUCUUCAUACUUUUUACAUACACCAGGAGACUUAUACUAUCAUAUCAGAAUGGUAGAGAGUACAGGAGAAAAGCUGCACAGACCUGUUGACCCCACCUGUUGGUUUUAAUCAGCUUUCCCUGUUUAUCUGAUUUAGAUCUUGUUAUAAUUCCUCUAGGAUUCAAUAUUCCCAAAAUGACACGUUUGAUAUUGACUUUGCAAAUAGUUUCCUAUCACUCCGUCUUCAACCCAAUCAUAUACGGACUGAACGUGAAAGAAACCUCUAAACACCUUCAAUUGUUGUUGUGUCGGAUCAAAUCACACUAAUGUUACCUGGGUUGGGCGAAGAGUUACUAAACAAAGCACAACAAGUCAGGAAAUGUGUGUUUGGUAGACGACUACUUGUUUGUCACAAUGCUUCUUGGCAUU